GGUUUCCAUUGCACGGCUCUCCUCAGCUCCUUUCCGCCGCCCAGCUUAGAUCCUGGGGGCGGCGCUGAAGUCGGGGCCCGCCCUGUGGCCCCGCCCGGCCCGCUCUUGCUAGCGCCCAAAGCCAGCGAAGCACCGGCCCGACCGGGCCAUGUCGGCGGAGCCUGAGCUCAUUGAGCUGCGGGAGCUGGCACCCGCUGGGCGCGCUGGGCAGGGCCGCACCCGGCUGGAGCGUGCCAACGCGCUGCGCAUCGCGCGGGGCACCACGUGCAACCCCGCACGGCAGCUGGUCCCGGGCCGUGGCCACCGCUUCCAGCCCGCCGGGCCCGCCACGCACACGUGGUGCGACCUCUGUGGCGACUUCAUCUGGGGCGUCGUGCGCAAGGGCCUGCAGUGCGCGCAUUGCAAGUUCACCUGCCACUACCGCUGCCGCGCGCUCGUCUGCCUGGACUGCUGCGGGCCCCGGGACCUGGGCUGGGAACCCGCGGUGGAGCGGGACACGAACGUGGAUGAGCCUGUGGAGUGGGAGACACCUGACCUCUCUCAAGCUGAGAUUGAGCAGAAGAUCAAGGAGUACAAUGCCCAGAUCAAUAGCAACCUCUUCAUGAGCUUGAACAAGGACGGUUCUUACACAGGCUUCAUCAAGGUUCAGCUGAAGCUGGUGCGCCCUGUCUCUGUGCCCUCCAGCAAGAAGCCACCCUCCUUGCAGGAUGCCCGGCGGGGCCCAGGACGGAGCACAAGUGUCAGGCGCCGCACUUCCUUUUACCUGCCCAAGGAUGCUGUCAAGCACCUGCAUGUGCUGUCACGCACAAGGGCACGUGAAGUCAUUGAGGCCCUGCUGCGAAAGUUCUUGGUGGUGGAUGACCCCCGCAAGUUUGCACUCUUUGAGCGGGCUGAGCGUCACGGCCAAGUGUACUUGCGAAAGCUGUUGGAUGAUGAGCAGCCCCUGCGGCUGCGGCUCCUGGCAGGGCCCAGUGACAAGGCCCUGAGCUUCGUCCUGAAGGAAAAUGACUCUGGGGAGGUGAACUGGGACGCCUUCAGCAUGCCUGAACUACAUAACUUCCUGCGUAUCCUGCAGCGGGAGGAGGAGGAGCACCUCCGCCAGAUCCUGCAGAAGUACUCCUAUUGCCGCCAGAAGAUCCAAGAGGCCCUGCACGCCUGCCCCCUUGGGUGACCUCUUGUUCCCCCAGGUGGAAGGCGGAGAGCAGGCAGCACCAAGUGCAUGCCGUGUGAGUGUGACAGGGCCAGUGGGGCCUGUGGAAUGAGUGUGCAUGGAGGCUCUCCUCUGCUGGGGGAAUGAGCCCAGAGAACAGCGAAGGAGCUUGCCCCCUGUGUCCACCUGUGGGUAUAGCCGGGUAUGGCUCUGCACCCCUUGCAUCCCUCUGCCCCUCAUUACUGGGCCUUGGUGGGCCAGGGCUGCCCUGAGAAGCUGCUCCAGGCCUGCAGCAGGAGUGGAGCAGACAGAAGUCUCUUCAAUUUGUGUCUCAGAAGUGAGAAUCUUGGAGAUGCUACAAACAGAACAGGGUCGUGUUUGCAGGGGUGAGGGCCCUCAUCUAUGGGGAAAUGUUUUGGAUCUUGAAUGUGGUCUCAGGAUAUCCUUAUCAGAGCUAAGGGUAGGUGCUCAGAAUAAGGCAGGCAUUGAGGAAGAGUCUUGGUUUCUCUCUAUAGUGCCAACUCCUCACACACCCUGAGGUCAGGGAGUGCUGGCUCACAGUGCACCAAGUGCCUUAAUGCCUCAUAUGAGGAGGAUGUCCCUGGGCCAGGGUCUGUGUAAAUGUAGGCACCGGCCCAGGUUCAUACCUUAUUUGCUAAUCAAAGCCAGGGUCUCUCCCUCAGGUAUUUUUCAUAAAGUGUAUGAAUGUAUGUAAUGUGUGGUGGCCUCAGCUAAAUGCCUCCUGUGGGGAAAGGGGUGGGGGUGACAGUCAUCAUCAGGGCCUGGGGCCUAAGAGAAUUGGCUGAAUAAAGAUUUAAAGAUCCUC